AUGUACGAGCUAUAUAUUCUGCACUGUUAUGUGGCGAAAAAUUCCCAUACAUUGCAAAAGGUGCUGUCGUCCAGCACAUCGCCAAAAACCCAUAACCUGAAAAGUCGGCUGCCUGAAGGAAGCAUGAAAUCUUUGGCAACAACCAUUCGCUUCGUCACGCUGAACUGCCGAACACUGUCGAGUAAACAGGAAACCGCCCUGUCUAGGCUUCUGCGAUAUCUUUCUGUCCCGUUUGCUGUACUGCAGGGAGCACGCAUGAGAGAUCGGCCCAUCAUCAGCAUCGAAAGUUGCAUCAUAUACUGCAGCGAUGCUGAUGAGAAGAAAGUAGGUGGCUGCGCGAUAGCUGUAAGGAACGAUUACAACAACCUGGUGGAGGAAUUUGGCUCAACGUUGUCUAGAUGCGCCUUCGUACGACUGCGGGAUCGCAGAGGACGUGAACUCUGGAUGGCAAAUGCCCAAGCACCUGCGAAAGCCGCUGAAGAUAGCAGUAAGGAUACCCUCUAUGAUGAAAUCAAUGCGUUGAUGCCUAAAGUACCUAGCUAG